CAAAGCCAUGUGAUUCUCUGAUGAUUUUUUAUGGCGUGGGACCCAUAAGCUUGUGUCAGCAAGUCAGAAUUUCACAUUUAAGAUGUAUGGCUUUCCACUCCGCUUCCAAGCUAUAAAUACAAUACAACACCACUAAGAUCUUCACACUCAAAUCUCAAACUUUCCGUAUAACAACAUUUCAGCUUAACUAAUACACAAUUAUUUCUCUUCAGCUCAAGCCUCAAGGGUUAUUAUUAAAUCAUGGGUAUUCGUUUGCCAUUUGUGGUUCUUCAAGCAAGACAAAUAUUCAAAUCCACUUCGACACAACCAAUUCAUAGUAGAAAACAGUCCAAUGUUCCAAAGGGGCACAUGGCAGUGUAUGUUGGAGAAUUGCAAAAGAAGCGAUUUGUGGUUCCAAUAUCAUACUUGAAUCAUCCUUCCUUUUUGGACCUGCUUAAUCGAGCUGAAGAAGAGUUCGGCUUUAAUCAUCCAAUGGGUGGUCUUACAAUUCCUUGCAAAGAAGAUGCCUUCAUCAAUGUUACCUCCCAACUAAGUGCCUUGUGAAAGAUUAGUAUCGAUAUCCUGUAUAAUACUAGAAUAUACAAUAAAAAAUAUGCACUGUAUAAUACAUAUAUAUUAGAGUAUUAGACUGAUUAUUGGCUUCAUUUUUUCAGUUUUCCUUUCCUUUUUCCCCACCUGUUUGGGUUUUUCCUUCAAACUGGUGUUUUUGAGGAAUGCAAAAUGUUGUAUUUGCCGUGUAUAUAUAUAUAAAGUCUUGUUCCCUGUAAGCUGAAAAGUUUAUUCUUUGUAUUUGAAAAGUUUGCUCAUGAAAAAUCCGAUAUCAAUUGUUCAGUA